UCCGUCGCUUCUGCCUGCGUCUCGUUCGGCCAGUGAUUCCUGCAUCUCUAUUCGCUUCAUCAUACAAUGGGCGGCUCUUCGAAGGAUCAUCGAGACGUCUACUACCGUCAAUCGAAGAUUGAUGGCUAUCGUGCGCGAUCAGCGUACAAACUACUCCAUCUCGAUGAGCAAUUCAACUUCUUUGGCCAGCAAGAAACAUACACCUUAGAAAAGAGCUUGAAUGAAGAGCUUGAAAGUCUGCGGCAGCUGCGAGAGAAGAGAGGCAGCGCCAAGGAUGUCGACGAGGACGACCUCGCUAGCUUGGACGAGGAGAUUGAGGAGUUGCAGGACACACUCGAGUACGCCUCGAAGCUACCAUCGAGCUCCACCUCACCUGUUGCAACACCACAGCGGCCAACCCGAGCUGUUGACCUCUGCGCUGCUCCCGGCUCAUGGUCGCAAGUCCUCGUGCAACGUCUUCCCCCUGCCUCUCGAAUCGUCUCUGUCGACCUCCAACCCAUGGCUCCAAUCCCUGGUGUUCACCAAAUCCUAGGGGACAUCACCACAAAGCUCACUGCCGAGGCCGUUGCACAUGCUCUUGCUGGGAGCGAGAAGAGCGAGGCAAAGGCGCAGCUCAUUGUAUGCGAUGGGGCGCCCGACGUGACGGGCAUUCACACGUUGGAUGAGAUGCUUCAAGCUCAGCUGCUCUUGUCGGCAUUGCAAAUCACAAUGAGGCUUCUUGAGCCAGGAGGGACAUUCAUUGCAAAGAUCUUCUGCGAGGGUGGAGCGACGCUCAGUAGAACGGGCACCGUCAAGGCCUCGCAGGGAAGUAGCACCGCGGCGGCGAUGGAUGUGGGAGUAGCGAAAAAGGGGGACACUUCUGCGCUUCUCGUCAGUCAGAUGAGGACCCUCUUCGAGCUGGUGGACGUGGCUAAGCCGAGGAGUAGUAGGGCAGCGAGUCAUGAGCAUUUCAUAGGUGAGUCUGAUCGAGCAUGAGGACGCAAACAUCUCCUGCAGCGAAUCUGGCACUGACCUUUCCUACCACCCUCUGCACCACUCUCAGUAUGUCGCAACUUCCGGCCUCCACCUCAACUUAUCACCCGUCAAGCCUUGGCUACCCCUCUUCACGACCUGGCAAAGCAACAUCUCGCUAAGCUUGCGGCAAAUCCUGG